AGGGAGGAGACAGGCCCGUGAACGCCGAUGCGCGCUCCCGAGAAUAAACCUCUGACGCCUUCAUCCGGGUACUACUACGAACUCGUUCUCCAACAUGGCGGCGUCAGCUAAGAAGAAGAAUAAGAAGGGGAAGACCCUCACUCUGACUGACUUCCUGGCAGAGGACAAGGGAACCAGCAACGCUCCCCCCAGCUACCCAGCCAAGUCUACUAGCUGGGCCGAUGAGACCGAUGACCUAGACGGAGAUGUUUCGACCUCGUGGCACACGGAGGAGGAUUCAUUCCGGGCACCAGCCAUUGACCGGUCCAUCCUGCCCACAGCACCUCGCUCGGCUCGAGAACCCAAUGUUGACCGGUCCCGACUGCCCCGCAGCCCACCUUACACGGCCUUCCUGGGCAACCUGCCCUAUGAUGUCACUGAGGACUCGAUCAAAGACUUCUUCCGUGGCUUGGCAAUCAGUGCAGUGCGUCUGCCCAGAGAGCCCAGUAACCCAGAGAGGCUGAAAGGUUUUGGCUAUGCUGAAUUUGAUGAUGUGGACUCCCUCCUGAGGGCCCUGAGUCUCAAUGAGGAGAACCUGGGAAACCGAAGGAUCCGUGUAGAUAUUGCAGACCAGUCGAAUGAUAAAGAGAGAGACAAUGGAUCUAUGGGAGGCCGAGACAGGGGCGGACGGAUGUCAGACUUGGGGCCUGACAAGACGGACAGUGACUGGAGGGCUCGGCCCAGUUCAGAUGCCGACGAUGGACCUCCCAAGAGAGAGGAAGCCUUUGGAGAGAGAUCACGGGACCGCUUUGAGUCGGAUCGCUUCAGAGAUGGGCCGCGGCGGGACAAUGACCGCUAUGAUGGAGGAAGAGACCGCUUCCGAGAUCGCUAUGACGACCGGGACCGUAGAGACUUCGAUAGAGGAGGUUUUGACUCUCGUGGCGGUAGUGGAGGAGGUCGUCGUGCCUUUGGCACUGGCUUCCGCCGCGAUUAUGAUGACAGCCGAGGUAGCAGUGAUCGUUACGGGGAGCGGGAGCGUUAUGGGGACCGUGAGGACCGGUACGAGAGGAAGGAGGAGAAGCGUGAGGGUGACGGAGCUGCUCUGCAGAGACCCAAGUUAGUCCUUAAGCCCCGUAGCGUGCCCAAGGAGGAGGAAGGUAGCAGUGGUGGUGGUGGUGGUGGCGGUGGCGGCGGUGGCGGCGGUGGCGGCGGUGGUGGCGGUGGUGGUACUUCCCCAGCUGCACCUCCGAGCUCCGGCAGCAGGACCUCAUCCAUCUUUGGUGCGGCCAAGCCAGUUGACACAGCAGCCAAGGAGAGGGAGGUGGAGGAAAGGCUGAAGAAAGAGGAAGAGAGACUGCAGAGGCAGCUGGAGGAGGACAAAGGCCGUGGACCCGACAGAAAGAUGAGAGACAGGGACCCAAGCUGGCGCACUGAAGAACCUCAAACUCAGCGUUCUCGCACAGGAAGUGAGUCUUCACAGCAAGGAAGUUCUUCUGGAAGAGGCUCCCGGUGUCGAGAUAAUGACCGCUCUGGAGAUAAUGAGGUUUUCAGUGGUAGAGAAGGUGAGCCCUCCUCCCCUGGGACCUCACCACUGCCCCCCUCUACCAUAUGCUCCAAAGAGCCGCUGAAGGUGAUGCCUGCACCUCCUCCAAAGGAGAACGCUUGGGCCAAGAGAAGUGCAGCCAGCACAGGCUCUAGCGAGGGUGAUGGCCGACCUCCAGUCUCUCCUGUCUCCCCAAGUGGUUCAGCUCCUCCCAAGCUCAGCUCCCCAAGUUCUGCAGAUGAAAUAGGAUCUGGUAAAGAUGAGAACAAGGCUGACGGUAUGCGUCGGGACCGGGGGCCCCCACGGGCACGAGGGGGGCCUGCAGGGCCUGGAGCAGGGCGUGGCCGAGGAGAGGGUCCCAACAGGGACCGAAGAAAGGAGGCAGACAGAAAGGAUAACAGAAGAGACCGAGACUCCAGACCACCCCCAGAGCCAAAGAAAUUUGAAGAAAUCCCAACCCCUAAGUUCAGCUCAGCCAGUAAGUACGCCGCUUUGCUAAUGGACGGAGACCAAGGAGACGACGCAGAGGACGUAGAAUAGAGAGAAAAUAACGAGACGAGGCCUGAAAGUACAAGAAGAGGAGAAAAAGACGACCGCAGAAAAAAAAUAAUCUCACAUAGCUUAUGAAAAAACUCCUCACUUGGAAGAGGCUCCUGGGAGGACAUUACUCCCUCCUUCCUUCCCUCCUACAAACCUGCCCUUUUUUUCUUUCAAAACACCCACCCUCCCUCCCCUGCCCCACCUUCAGGACUAUUCAGCUUCUUAAGAAUAGUCACAUACUGGACUUGUUUUAAAUGGAAAAAGGAGUAGCUGACACAUGGAAAAGUGAUGGAUAACAUUGAAUUAAUUGUAAUAAAUAAAUGGAAAAAGUGGGGAAAAAAUGAAUUUGUAUAUUUGUGGAUCACAGAUGUGGUGAGGUUGGAUGAUAUGACAGAAGAUGUAGUUUACUAAGUGGAAUCUGUUUUUCAAUAUCUUAUCAAUUUUUGAUUCAUUUUAUUGCAUAGUUCCCAGAUUAUAUGCAUUACUAUUCAUUAUAAGCCUUUCUAUUUACAAGUAAAGUAACGGUAAUUAUAGAAUUAUUUUAAAUCAAUCACCUAAAUCAAAUUUAUUAAUGAAAAUUGUUCAAGAAUAUCCCGUCUUCCAAUACUGAAUCAUAAAUGUUGAGACGGGUUACUAGUAUAAAAACGUGUCAUGUGUGCAGCACCAUAUAGCAAAGCAUUGAUUGAACUGAUUCACGGUAUUGCAAGAGAGGACUGUGUAAUGGAUUAAAGUAUUGCAGGAGUGACUAAUAUAGACUAAGAAAAACAGCCAUUACUAUUAUCCUCAAUCAUUGCAUUGAUCAAAAACCAUUAAAGGCUCAUAAUGAUCAUUUCCAGCUGUCUUAAAGAUUCACCACAGCUGUCUAAAUCAUUCACUCUUUCAGAAGUGAGGAAUGCAAAUAUUUGGGGAAAGUCUGAAGUUUCCUAGGAUGUGAGGAUUUCCAUGAACAUGUCUUCCAAUUUGCAAUAAAUUGGGGUCAUUAUGUGCGUUCAAAUA